ACGUCGCCGCGUUGAGUUCGUUAGACACAGCAGCGCGGAAAUUGCAAUUCCAACACCAACAUCAAACCAAAGCUUCAAAGGGCUCCGCGUUGUUGUUGCCUCUGAGGUGUUGAGUGUGUUGAAGAAAAAAAAAACACAAAGCAAGAGAAGAGAGUGAAACAAAAAGUACAACUCCGACCGACAGACCAAAAGAAAAGUGAAGCCAUCAAGCGGAGUCUCCUCCGUCUAGUCACCAAAGUACUUCAACAGCAAUUAAAAUUAUUUUGUGUUGUAAAUCUGUGAAGAAAGUUCGGAGUGCCAGUUACGAAACUCGGUUUCCGUCUGGCUUGUUGUUGUUUUCUGCUGUGAAUUUAGUGUGUGAAUCCAAAAGAAAAGAAAAUACCGAAAAAUGGGCCACCUGUCCACUACGGAGCGUGUGUGCACAACAACACCAAUGCCCAGCACCGGCGAGGGAAGUCCCACAUCAUCGUUAACGCGUCGCGCCAAAAUGGCCAAUAGCGAGGCGCAAAAUCGUCGCGGCGAGGACUCAUCACCUGAGUCACCAGUCACACGUUCCAAAAUCUCAUCGACCAAGCUCUCCAACUCAUCGACAACAAAACCAACAACGUCGACAACAACAAAACUGGAGAAAUUCGAGAUGCCCAAGGAUCUGGUUGCUCAUGUGCCAAAAGAUAAAAUCAAUUUGGAUGACUACAUACGCACCUUUAAGGGUGACAAAGUGUUGGGCUAUCAAUUCGAUGCGCCCCUCAAAUGGGACAAAGUCAUUCAAAUUUCGUUAUUACAUAUUGUAGCAGUUGUUACAUUGCUAUUAUAUCCUUUGGAACGGCUCAAUAUUUGCGCAACAAUUUUUUCCUUCUUUGUUGGCGGAAUAGCUGGCUUUGGGGUCACAGCCGGGGCCCAUCGUUUUUGGACACAUCGCAGCUAUAAGGCUAAUUUACCUCUCCGAAUUAUUCUGAUGCUCUCCUACUGUGUGGCCGGACAGAACACUCUAUAUGAUUGGGUACGUGAUCAUCGGGUGCAUCAUAAGUAUUCGGAGACCAAUGCCGAUCCUCACAAUGCCAAUCGUGGCUUCUUCUUCUCCCACGUGGGUUGGCUGAUGAUGCUAAAACAUCCGGAAGUCUUGCGACGUGGCCGUCAAAUUGAUAUGGAUGAUAUAUUGGCCGAUCCGGUGGUGCAAUUCCAUCAAAAGUACUUUAUACCCUUGAAAAUUGCAUUUUGCUUUGUCUUGCCCACCCUGAUUCCAGUAUAUUUCUUUGGCGAAGAGUGGGGUUUGGCCUUUGCCCAGCAAUGCCUGUUCCGUUAUGUCGGCAGUUUGAACUUUACCUGGUCGGUGAAUAGUGCAGCCCAUUUGUGGGGAUCGCGUCCCUAUGACAAACGCAUCAUGCCCAGCGAAAACAUUUAUGUUUCGAUUUUGGCCAUGGGCGAGGGCUGGCACAACUAUCAUCAUGUCUUCCCAUGGGACUACAAAGCAGCUGAGUUGGGCAACUAUCAUGUCAACUUUACCACCAUGGUUCUGGAUGCAUUCAAUAAACUGGGCUGGGCAUGGAAUAUGAAGCAGCCAUCCAAGGAGCUGGUUCGUCGCACUCUAGAGAAAUAUGGCGAUGGCUCCCAUGCAUCGGCGAGAGCAGCUGGAGCGGAUGGCCCAAGUGCUGUGGCCGCUCAAAUGGUUGGUCAUCUUCAUUAUGCCGAAGUUCCGGAUCCCGAGAUAGAGUACGAUGCCGAGUCAAGCAGCACAGAGAGCGCCAAACUGGAUGAGAACGAGAAUGAGAGCGAGCGGCAGAAGAAGACCAAGAAAAUUGCCAUUUAGGCGGAUGCCCCCUGGAUAUAAUGUCGAUUUACUUAAAUUUUUCGGGGGGGUCUCAGAAAGCGGGAGAAAAAUUUGUAAUUAUGCAUGAACAGCAUAAUUCUACGUUUAAUCAUAACAUACUAACUCUUAUUUAAUGCGUCUGGCUGUACGACAUAUCUAAGCAUCCGUAACUGCGAACGUUUUUGUAUCUGUAUCUGUAUCUGUAACUUACACUUUUGCUUAUAUGGCACACAGAGCGCGAGGGCGGGGCAUAGUCGUUAAUAAUAUAUAUAUUAUUUCUACACAUAAACACACACACACACACAAACACCCACUCACAUACACUCACACACACACACCCACACUCACACACAAUACACAGACAGACACAACCACAAAAAUUCAUAUAUUCAUUUGUCUAGGUUUAGGUAUUUAGCAGUCUACCAUGGUACGAUAUUUAGAUUUAGAUUACAAAGAACAAAAUAAAAUUAAAAACGAAUAAAAAACAAUGAGCAAAAUAAA